UUAAUGUGUGAAAAUGUAACUGGAGUUCCGUGAAGGCAUCAGGAGCAGUCGCGUUGUGUUCAGUCGCCUCCGGACUGUUGCUGCUGCUGGGACUCCGACCGGGUGAAGAAACAUGAACACGCUUCCCAGGACAGAUUUAAACAGUGUCCAUAUGGAAAGUGAAAGCAGGGUCCAGAGAAGUGUGGUGGCUGCUUGAGGAGGCUGAUGGCACAGGAACAGAGAUGGUCUGGCUGUCAUGACUGCUCUCAUCUGGAUGCUCGCAUGGCUGCUUCAGGUCCUGCCAGCUAUGAGUGAACUCCCCAAGCCGGUCAACCUAUCCCUGACCUCAGUCUAUUUUAGUCAUAUGUUGAAAUGGGAACCUGGACCAGGCACACCCACAGGAGUCCACUACGUGGUCACCGUGAUAACAGAAAGGGGAGUGGACUGGGUGCCAGUGGCUGGCUGCGAGCAUGUCCAGCAUCCACUGGUUUGCAACCUGACAGAAAAGGCCUUCUCCGACCCAGACGACAACUACUUCAUCAAGGUUACAGCAAUGCUGGAAGGACAGCAAUCCUCAGACAGCCUGAGAUUUUCUCCCAGAGAAAACACUCACCUGGACAUGCCGCUGCUCACUGUGACGCCCUGCAACAGAAAUCUGUGCGUGCACCUUCAGCCGCCCAGAGAGGACCUUAGGGAGAUCUACGAGACUUUCAGUUAUAAACUCAGGAUCAAGUGCAACAAUGCAGACAACAUAGAGCAGGACACCAAGUUACUGAGAAGUCAGAUUUUGAAGAAUAUGAUCCCCGGCAGACAUUGCUGUGUCUCAGUCCGCUUCUCAGUCUCUGUGGUACACAGGAUGUCCAACUACAGCCAACCUGUAUGUGCUGACACCCCUGGCAACUAUACUGCAGACCCGUGGAUCUCAGUUGUGCCAUGUUUGUUCGUGAUAUUUUGUUUGGUCACUGGGGCCCUGCUGUUUUCUGCUGGCUUCUUCCGCUGUCUGAUCAAGAACCCACUGCCACUGGUGCUGACAUCCAUCCAUCAUCUAGACGAGGUCCUGAUCAUCACACCUCGCAGCGCGUCCUUGUCCUCCCUCUUGAAUCUUAAACCAACACCGCCCUCUUCAGGUGGAAAGUGGCACAGCCAGACACCGUCAGGCGACAGCAACAGUGAGACAAAGAGGACUGGCGGGAGGAGAGGAGGAGCAGAAGCACAUUACAAACUUAGGGUGGGCACAACUCUCCUCUCUUCCUCUUCUUCCUCAUCCUCCUCUUUGUCAUCGUUGCCAGCUCCUUUAUCCCCCGAGCCCGAACCAACGCCGUGCUUCUCCUCAAACCAAGCAUCAGACUUUGUCAGUCCUCAGCCUGCAGCCCCAAUGGAGACAGAGCAGAGUGCUUCAGAUCCUCCUGCAAGCGGUUCGACUGGGGGAAGAGUCGAGCCAAAUAUAAAGGAGGAGGCGGUGGUGUGUGAAGAGCAGGGCAACUUGGAUGUGAACCUCCUCACCUUAACCUUCGGCCCACAUAAAGACGAUAUGGAGGAGGGGGGGAAAUCUAAUGCCGAGUCUUCCUCUGCUUCAGAGGUGUGCAACACAGCUCUAAUUCUGCCUGCACAAACAGGGGACACUGAGGAGGUUGCCUUAGAAACAAUUCCCUCCUCUGUCAUUGUGGAGGAGGACGAGGAUGAGGACGAGGAUGAGGACGAGGAUGAGGACGAGGAUGAGGACUCUGGAUAUAUAGGGCGUCCGAGUGCACAAAUCUUACGGAACUUAUUAUAAAAAUUUGGGGGGGGCAUAAAGUGCUAAAACAAGGGUUACAAAGAGACUGUGAAGCUGAGGCAGCACUCAUUCAUUACAGGACAGGCAUAUCCUACCCACACAUACAGUCUGAGGUGGAAAUGUUUUAUUUCAAAUGUCAGCCUUCUUUCUGAACAAUGGGCCUCAUGAAAGGACAACUCGUCUUUUCGUCUUUGUUUUUUUUUUUUCUCAGACACACAAAUUCCAGACAUGAACAAAUCUUGAUGAUGGUAGGUGAGGUUAAAGCAACAUCACAUUGGUUUUGCCGUGUAACCCCAGUGUGUUUAAAUAUGGACAGCUAAAUGUGUAUUUGUUAUGAUUCCAUUAUUUAUGAUCAAAAACUAGCGAGUCGACAAGACAAAGAUAUAGCAGCCAGCUAAUAUUACUUACUGGUCCUUGUACGACCCUGGCUUUGCUCCCCUUCAGAUUUCCCCCACGUCCUGGGCCUGAAAACCCCCUCUCCCCCGUGGUACAAACAACCCCCCGGUACUCUGAGCUCACAGUCCGGGCAGCCCAGCUAACAAAUUGAGCUAACAUUAGCUAACAGCAGCUACAUUUGGCAGCAGUUUACCGUCCAUCAGGAAACUCUGUAAAUAGAGUUGAGGCGGAGCAGUCGAGCAGGACAUUAGAGGGAAAACCAUAAAAUAUGAUCCAGUUUCACCAAAAUCAGUGAAAUAGUAGGCGAUGUCUGACUUAGUGCUGUAAAGUGAACAUAUUUCUACAGACCUAGAGUUACAUAGUGUGAAAACAGACAUACGAAUGACAGAGACACCAUUCACCUGAUUACAAUUCAGUGUAGCAUCAACAUGAUUAAAAACAGUAGUAGUAGUUUAUGAGAGAAAAGCUAGUGUUGCUUUAUAACCACACCACGAAGAUCCAAGUGGGAUCAAAAUGUCAUUAUUCAAACCAUUUUUUGUGGCAUGGAGUAAGUGAUCAGUAAGUGUGAUAUGACCACCAUAUCCUUUUUGAAGUGCAAUUUAGUUAACCUACAGUUGGGAACAAA